UAUAUAAAGGAGUCGUUUUAUGGCAUUUAUCAUUCAGUAUUCAACUCGUUCAAGAGCGAAGACGCAAUCUUGUACUGUGUGGUGUACACAUAACAUUUUUCUUGAUAACUUUAAGAGAAUAAUAAUUGUCAAAAUGUUUUACCAGUUCGGUGUUUUACUUCUGGUUGGCACCUACUUGUCCGUGACAUCUGCGCUGCCGCCGUGUGUGUGCACAAGGGAACUGAAACCGGUUUGCGGUUCCGACGGAAACACAUACAGCAACGAAUGCUUGCUCAACUGCAAGCGUCUCGAAAACCAAGAUCUUAAGGUCGAGAGGCGCGGACAGUGCGAGAUCGAACCACCCACGUGUUUCUGCACAUACGAGUACCAACCUAUAUGCGGGACGAAUGGUGUGACAUAUCCCAACAAGUGCUCCCUGGAAUGCGAGAGAGCCGACGUCAAGAUCGCCUACACAGGCGAAUGUAAGCCCGACGAGGUCACCAAACUGCUGCCAUGUACGUGCACGAGAGAGAGGAAGCCCGUGUGCGGCACGGACGGCAACACGUACAGCAACCCGUGCAUGUUGAACUGCGCUCGGGAGCAGAACGAGGACUUACAAAUCGACCAUGCCGGCCGCUGCACCAAUGAUAUUAAAGUCGUCGAGCACGCGGAGAAUGUGUCGUGCGCGUGCACGAGGAACUUAGCUACGGUGUGCGCGUCCAAUGGCGUCACGUUCAACAACGUGUGCCUCAUGGAGUGCUCGGGAACACACUUGACCGUUGUCAAAGACGGACCCUGUGACUUUGCGUAGGAUACUCAACAUCUAUACUAACUAGAUUAAGACCGAAUUAGAUGAUAAAAAAGUGCGAAAUUGACAA